UGUUUCAAACAAUCGUUUUUCUCAGUUUGCUUGUCAUUUCGAUGACUUACAAAAUUAGUCCGCUUAUUAAAAGUGGUCUGCCAGGUUUUACGGAUAUCACAACAGCACCUUUCAUCAAAAUUGGAGAAGGUUAUUAUUACAUUGAGUCUAACGGGAAGAAGAACUGGUUUGAUGCCUAUGCAGCUUGUCGUUUAAUUGGCUCAGAGCUUAUAACGAUUGACACAAUUGAAGAAUGGAACUUGGUCAACAAGUAUCUCAGGGACAUAAAAAUUGACGAUGCAACCUACUGGACAUCUGGGACGGACUUAACCAAUACAGGAAAGCAUGUCUGGUUCUCAAAUGGUCUGAACAUUAACCUGGAUGAGAUUUGGUUUCCAGGUGAACCGAAUAAUGAUAAGGGUGUUGAGCACUGUGAUGAAAUGUGCUUUACCAGUAAAGGUUCUCAAGCUUUAUUUAAUGAUAAAAAUUGCUCAACCAAAAACAGAUACAUUUGUGAUACACCUUCGCCCAAAACAGCUUCGUUUCUAGUGUGGUAAUAGUUUUAAGCGUUAAAACUGCAUUAUAAUUCAAAGCUAAUGCUUUUUUCAUAACUCUUUUCCGUGUUAAAUAUUUGG